AGUGGGAACGUGUUGUUUGUGUACAGGCGAGGAGGACUUGUUAUUAAUGUUAUGCAGUAACAGGCUCAGUAUUUUUUACUGUGUAGGUGUCAACUUGUGUAUAGAGCUUGUCUUCAGAAGAAUGGUUGUACCAUUUGCAAAUGGGGCUAAUUAUGGAUCUAAUACAAAUGAAAUGGUGGAUCAUUAACAUAAACCAAGAACAGGAUACUGAAGAUUGUAGUACCAUACAUUGACUUUGACUUAGGACAUCAUCAAGAUGACAGACAUACCAGUUUCAAGCUUAUACAAUAUGGCAAUCAUGAUAUGACAUUACACAUGCUGGACUCUACUACCUUUAGUAGCCCAAGGACUUUUUAAUGACUUCUCGUUAUUACAUUUAUAUUUUUAGGAAAACUACUUCAAAAAUGGAUACAAACUCUUUAAGAAUGGCUCAUUGUAAACUACACUCCAAUCAACAUUUUUAAAGCUUUUUUAAAGUCUUCAGUAGUUUUGUCAGUUAACGAGCCUGACAGUUUUAUUAGUGUGUAUUUGAACUGUACAAAGAGAAAUGAAGUUAAAUGUACAACGAAUAUUUGUGGGUAACUUACCCACAGUGGUAACUGAAGAUGAUCUUUUGAAGAGGUUCUCCAAAUAUGGAAAAGUACAAUCAACUGAGAUUAAACGACGCUCUGAUGACUCAGUGUUUGCUUAUGUCAAUUUAGAGGCUGACAGGAGUCAUAUCAAUGAAUGUCUUGAAUACAUGUCAAAAAGAAAAUGGCAUGGUCAGCAUGUGAAAGUGGAACUUGCAAAAGAAAGCUUUUUGGACCGAUUGGCGAGAGAAAGACAACAGCAACAGUCUGUCGUAAAACAAAUUCGGAUAUCUGCAGGGAUAAAUCCUACAGGAAACUUUAUACAUAAUGGAAGUCAAGAUGAUGAGUUUGUGCAGACGUGUAAUUUCAAAAAGGAAAGUCAGGGAAAUGCCAAACAAUCAAAUGUUGCAAAAUUUGAAUCUGAAGACUCAGGUAUGGGCACUUGUGAAGUGAGCUACAAUAAAAAAUUACCAAUGUUUAAGGGUAUACUAAGUUCUUAUGCAGAAUUUAAACCCAAGUUAGAAGAAACACAAGUACAACCAUCUUCACCACUAAAGAAUGUAUCAGAAAGUAUGAGGAAAGGAAGCAAAAAGAAGGGUAAUCUGGAAAAUAAUUUAUUUCCUGCCAGUGAAAACAUUCUUGGGUAUCAAGAAUCAAAAUUUAAUAUCUUUAAUUAUGAACAUAAGAAGCAGAAAGUCCAGGAUGACCAGAUACAAUUAAAAGUUAUAAAAAAUAGGAGAAGUGUUCCAGAAAUAAAAAGUUUGAAAUCUGAGGAAAAGAGAUUAAAAUCUAUUGAAGAAAAAAGAGUGUCAUUCAAAAAUCAAGUACAAACUGUAAAACGAGCUUUAGCUGCUGUGGAUGCUCCACCAAAUAAAAAAAUUAUUUUCAGUGAUAAUGAAAUGUCUACUGUACAUACAGAUGAUGAAAAUGAUGAUGGUGAAAAGCCAGUUGACAAGCCAUCUACACUCUUUGAUGAUGAAUCAUCAGAUGAUGAAAUAAAUGACUUCAAAAUAAAAGCACAGUUUGAAGGAAGAAAAGGUCAGAAGCUGUUGGAGCUGCAGUCGAAGUAUGCAAAUGACAAGAGAUUUACCUUGGAUGAAAGGUUUUAUGAAAGUGAUGAUGAUGAAGUGUCAGUGGAGCCUGAUAAGGUUGUUGAAUUUCAAGAUGAAAAGAAACGACAGUUGAACAUUCUGCAGGAUGUCCUGGUGAAACAGCCCACGUGUUACCAGAGAAGAGAGAAAAACCUAGCCUUUUGGGCACUUAAAAUUACUGUUACAUCACAAACACUGACAGCAGUGAGAAUCACUAUCUCUGUCAAAAUAUUCAAGCGGCCAUUAGGACAGCUGGGGCCACCAAGAAUUUUGCAGACUAUACCGCAACUCGUGCUUGAGAUUAAUAGUAGGAGCAUGCUAAGGUUUGAUCCAUUGAAAGCAGAUCAUAAGAGAUUUGAGGUUGCAACAGUUACAACACCUGAGAAAAUAGAGAACGAAAGCAAAAAAAUGAAUGUAGAGAAUGGUCUGAAAAUGCAGGACGAGGAAGAUCAUGAGGUUGAAGAUGAGAAACCUGCAAAAGUGGAAGUUUCCAAAGAAAAAUUUUACAGUGUUACAGACAGACUAAAAGAAACCCUAAAGAGCAAAACUCAAAAUGAUGCCCAGUUCAGUCUGCUUGAAAUGUUUGGGUCCACAGAAGAUAAAGUUUUUGGCUUUACAGGUGCACAGUACUCCCAAGAAAAAUACAAGAACUCUGAAUUAAAUAAGAAAAAGCAAAUUGGCUGGUCACGGAAUCCUUUUAAAUACGAUUCUAGUGAUUCUGAAGAUGAAUAUGAAGUGAAAAAAUCAACAGAACCAAAUCAGAACAGUGAUGAAACCAUUUCUGAAAAUAUGAAGGUCACCAGUUCAUUCUUCUUUAAAGAAAAUGAUGCCCGUCUAAAAGAGGGACUAGAGUUUAUCACAACAGCAAAAAGGAUUGGAGAAGAGGAAUUUUCAAAAAGGCGUAGGGAAUUAAAGCUAAUCAUUAGAGCAAAAAUAAAGAACAACAUGAGGAAAAAAAGACCUUGGAAGAAAAAGCUUGGUGGCCAGAAGAAAAAACACGCAGGGAAAAAAAGUAAACAUUAAGAUAACUGAGGUUACAUGUUAUGUAAAAUGUACCUCAUUUGUGUUGUGCAGUUUGGUGCUGAUGGAUUUGUGAUUUUAAUUUUGGUGCUUUAUCUGUGGAGACAGCUGUUUCUUUAUAACGAGUGUGUGAAGAAAUCUAUUUUGCACAAAUCUUUUAUAACUUUUAUCUCUCCUUUUUACUGAAAAACAUAAACCAGAAUUUAAAACAAGAGUGCGUAUUGAAUUUUUGCAAGAAAUAGGAAGCUGUUGUCUUUAUAAGCCCACAUUGGAAAGGGAAGAGACUAUGGAUAACUGAUCACAAGUAUAUUUUUUUAUUUAAUACUACCUGUAGAAGAUCAAUUUGUACAUAAACUUUGUAUAAAAUGAAGAGUAUUUUAAUGUAA